AUGUCGACAACAAAUAUUACACGAUUGCUUCGCUUCUACAUUAAGCCCCUAAGGUGCCUGGGCAUAAUACCCAUACUCUACUGUUCGGGGGAAAAUAAAUAUAUUUUACGAACAGGAUGGAGUUUUUAUGCAGCACACUGUAGUUGGCAGCUUUUGUAUGUGCUCGCAAUUGGAGUGUUAGUGAUCAGACGAGAUGAGUACUUCAAACAAGAACAUUCAUAUAUGGAAGUGAAUUACUGGCUCCUGUUUACUUCGACUGCCAUGACAGUGCAAUUUUUGACAAAUACUUGGCUGCUCAAUAUGAGCCAUUCGCAUUUUCAAAUCAUUUCAUAUUGUGUCCAUUUAUCGGAACGAUUCGAUUCCUAUGAUCGACGAAAAAUGUUGAUAUCGCAGCUGAUAUUGCCGCUGUCGGUCGUUAGUGCGUGCGCUAUUACUCGUAUGUGGAAUUUUGAACCAUGGAUCGGACUUCAAAUACAUUACUUCAAGUCGUCACUCUCGCUGGCGUUUUAUAGGUUCAUAAUUGAAAUGGUUUCCAGCCUUUUGAGCUCUGUUAACGCUUCGAUGGUAACAGUUCAAGAAAAGUUGUAUCGGCAUAAUCGACUUAGCGAUAUCGACCUGGAAAAUUUGCAAGAUUGCCUAGUAGUCUACGAUGAACUUUUGUUACUUUGCUCUGAGCACAUAAGUACACUAUAUGGUGUCAUUUUGAUUUUCGUAACAUUUAUUUCCACACUCGAUAUAACAUUUUGCGUAUAUUUAAUGACUACUGUCACAGGAGGAAGUUAUGUGGAGAGAAUAAUAACUACUCUUGUGUACAUGGUUACAGCAUUUCCAUCCCUUGUUCUGCUGAACAUAACGCUUGUGGGCUGUGAUAUUGAAUACCAGUCGAGCGACAUGGAGAUACCAACAAUUCAGUACAGCCAGAUUGGCAAACGUGAUGCAAAAAUUAUUGAACUUAAAAAAGAAGAGGUGGAGAUAAACAAUAAACUCGAUAAAAUAUCAAAACAGCAAUAUCAAAUUAUGCAACAGCUUGUCGAAGUGUGUCCGAAUCAAUUCCCUGUUAAAAACUCCCAACAGUUGGAUAAAAUAAAUUGUGAACUUAAGGUAACUCAAUUACUCAAUAUUAAGCAGGUCGCUUUAAUGAAGCAGAUCAUGGGUGAUUAA